CCUGGAUUGGCAACAUGAACGACGACGCCCUCUCCGACGCCCAAUCGAGUGCCUUCACUGCGGUGCACACAGAGAUGAUACAACAGGAGAUGGCCCGCCAUGACCAAGCAGCAGCUCAUUGACGAGAUCAGCGGGCAGAGAGACGAAUACAAGCGGGAGAGAGAUGAGUGGAAGCAGCGGUCUCAGCAGGCCGAGGCCGAAUGCAGAGACUGGAAGCGGCGGUGCGAGGAGGUAUACACAACCAAGCCAAAAGGCAGAGAGAAACACAUCUACGCGCUGUCUGUGCGUGUCUGUCUGUCUGCAGGCCGAGGCGAAGCUGAAGGCCUUCGAGCAGGGGCCUUCGUUGGCGAGCCUCCAUUGGGAGGGCGGCAUGUACCACGGCAAUGUCCGCAACAAGAUGCCACACGGCGAGGGCACUCUGCGCACACUCGACGGCCAGAACUCACUCUACGAGGGCCAAUGGGCGGACGGCAAACGAGACGGCAAAGGCAAGCAAUACGCCCCAUGCCAACUGGGAAAGGAGACCAAGAUCUGUCUCGUGUAUGAGGGCGAUUUUGUGAACGGCAAGCGACACGGCCAGGGGAAGGCCUUCUACGAGUGGCAUGGUCCUGUAUUGUGGUUUGAUGGCGAAUGGCGAGACGGCCUGGCCUACAGCGGCACCCUCUUCCGUGACGGCGACGGGGUUGGACAGAAGAAUGCUGACGGCAGCCCUCGGUGGCCCAUCAAGCCCAUUCGAUGGCAGGCCGGACAGAAGAUACCCAACACCGACCUGUGUGGGUGGGGAUAUGCCCUGCAUCAGUGCCUGCGUGAUCAGGGUGUGUCGGGAUAUUUCCCUGCUGGCGCACUGUGAUAGUGAGUGUGUCUCUCGUGACCGUCUGUUUGGCUGUGUGUGUUUGUGUCUGGAGGUUUGUGUGUUGUGUGUGUCAUAUGUCUACGGAUGUGUCUGUCUGCAUCCAUUGGGGGGAGGGAGAGAGGCAGUGCAGUGUCUGUUUUAUUCGAUGGUUUGUGGCCUUACGAGACUCGACGGCUGCGUGCGGUUGUCUGUCUGCCGAUGUGUGUCUGAGUCUCUCUUUGCUGUCUGUGUGCGUGUAAGGGGCUGAAAGUAAGUUGAUCGGUCAGACAGGUUUUCACACCAUGGCCCUGACGACUCUCGUGUGGGUGUGUUUGCUGCACUCUUGCCAUUGAUUUGAGACCGAAAGUGCAUUGCCAUGUCGUCAAUGCAGUGUCCAUAUUUUGGCGUCCUCACCUUUGCCACAGCACGGCGGACACACAGAAAGGCAUGCAUUGUGACGCGCAUGUGUAAGUGUGCGGGAAAUGUGCACCGCAACCGAAUCGUUGGAAUGAUUUCCACACACAAUGCACUUGAUGGAUCGAUGCAUGUGUUGCAAUGGUGUGUG